CUAUCGACUAUCGACUUCAUCGGUUGCGGUGGCUCGUCUUUUCAAGGGUUCUUCGAAUUGGGUGUACAGUGUGUUCCAUAGAGUUGGAGAGAUAUUUGUCUAUUUUAUACCUGCUCUUUCUCGCAGUGGACUAUCUAAACCAUCAAUCCAAUUCAUUUAUCCUUCCAGAUUGUCUUGUUCGCAAGGAAGGGCUUUGUUUCCCCCGCUUUUCACCUACCUACUACCCUGUCGACAUACCAAUCCCCCCUCUGGCCAAGAUACCUCGUGGGAUAUCUCGACGCUUUUACAAUAAUCAAAAUAAAAAAAAAACAUAAAGACAGAAUGGGCUUCUUCGCCGGCUUCUUCAGCGGUUUCGCCCUAACCACCUCAGUCCUGUACAUCACUCUCCAAGUCCACAAGGCCAAUCGCCUCGAGCAGCGCAAUGCCAUCCGCGAACAAACCCGGGCUUUGAACUGGAUGACCUCGUCUACUGGCGCGUAUGAUCGUCGCCUACUACCCAGUGAUGCCGAGCAAGAGGAGAUGAAGAAACUACGGGAGUCGAAACCGCCCAUGAAGGAUUUCUUGAAGCAGCGGUGGAAUCAGGAGGUGGAGACGUUGGCAAGGAAGGCGUAUGAGAGUCGGUGGGAGGAUGCGAGGGAUACGGCUGUUGAGGGAUGGAAGACGGUGGUUAGGUUGGUUAAGAAGGAGUAGGGGCUUUGAUUUAUGUGUGUGUGUGGUUUUGUUGGUUAUAUAUGUGGAUGAGAUGAGGGGGUGCAUACGAUGUGGAAUACGUUUCAGAU